UUUUAUUUUAUUUUAAUUUUAUUUUACCUUCUUUGGCAAGGCAAAAAAUGCUUUUUCUCGACAACCAUUCGAUAUUUUUCUACAUUUUCUUACAUUCCUGCUUAAUAUUGUUUCUCUAACCAGCCCAUUCCGUUUUUUUAAUGGAUUCUAUCUAGCUUUUAAAAACAGCCUCCUUCCAUUUCGAUUUUAUAGCAAGAAUUUUUUUUGACGGGGGCGUUUGGGCGCAGGGGUGUUUAGGCGCGAGGUUAUUUAUAUUCAUGUAGACGAUAGAUAUUUUGAUCAAAUUUUGUUUGAUAAUGUUCCUUAUAUUGUAGACUACCUUGCCUAUAAAUUUCAGAAUUUUCUGUUUUUUAUUUGAAAGGUUACGGUAGAAAAUUCGCUUAAAAAUAGAUUUUUUCGACCUAAAUCGACGUAAAUUCUGAUUUUUGGACCAGAAUUUCUGAAAUUCUGGUCCAAAAAUUCUGAAAUUUUUUGAAGGCUUAGAUAACACUAAUAACGACCUUUCUACAAAAUUUCGUGAAUUUAGACACCUUCUAGGCAGUUUUAUAAAGCCUUCCCCUAUUUGUUCUGCGCCUAAACGUCCCCUCCCCCAACUAAUUAUUUUCAGCCUUUAAAGGCUUUAAGUUGCCAUUAUUUCUUCUAAAUUAUAUUUUUUUAACUCCUUUGUUGAAUAAUAGUCUUUCAUACGUCUUUUAUUUGACAGAUGGCAGAUUACGAUUAUUUGAUUAAAUUCUUGGCCUUAGGUGAUUCUGGCGUUGGCAAAACUUCGUUUUUGCACAGAUAUACAGACAAUUCAUUCACGGGUCAAUUCAUAUCAACCGUUGGGAUAGAUUUUAAAGAGAAAAAAGUGGUUUACAAAAGUGCUAGAGGAGGUUUUGGAGGUAGAGGUCAACGAGUGCUAUUACAAUUAUGGGACACUGCAGGGCAGGAAAGAUUCCGUUCAUUAACCACAGCUUUCUUCCGCGAUGCUAUGGGAUUUAUACUUAUUUUCGACAUUACUAAUGAACAGUCGUUUCUUAAUGUCAGGGAUUGGCUUUCUCAACUAAAAAUACACGCAUAUUGCGAAACACCAGACAUAAUACUUUGUGGUAACAAGUCAGAUUUGGAAAAUCGUCGACAAGUUAGUACUGCUAGAGCUAAACAAUUGGCUGACCAGCUUGGUUUACCCUAUUUCGAGACUUCAGCAUGUACUUCUUCAAAUGUAGAAAAAGCUGUUGAUUGCCUACUUGAUUUAGUUAUGCAACGGUAA